AUGAAAACCCUAAUGGUUGCGAAGCUGGGUCAGCCGCUUGGGGUGAGCACCUGGCGGCACCUGGCCCAGGCCAUCAUUCGCCAUGGGAUGCAGGAGCAGGUGCCCGAGGAAGGCCCCGGGGAUGACCGGGAUAAUGAGGGCCUCGGGGCCCAGCAGAUGCAUCAUUCCAGAAGAACCGGCCAGCAGAUCUAUGGCCGCCAGCAGGUACAGUUUGGCCAGGUCGGGCCGGAUCACCAGGAGGCCCUGAUCCAGUUCAGCCAGCGCUGGCAUGCCUAUUUAGGGUUAGCACCCGGUCAGAUCAUUCUGGACCGCCUAUUCUAUCCCCAUGCAGAGCAGAGAGGCCCUGGUAUUGAUCCGGAUGGCAACCUGGAUGGCAACCUGGAUAGCAACCUGGAUAGUAACCUGGAUGGCAAUCACAAUAGCAACCAUGAUAUAUAUACUGAGAUCGGCCAGAUCAGAUCCCUGCCCCUGGCCGAGCCGGUGAUUCAAUUCUACUGGCCCCGGGCCAUGGCCACACAGGCCCCGAGGCACCAUGUGACCCUGGGUGAAUUCAAUACAUAUAUCUCACUGGACCAGGGCCCGGGGGCCCUACCGAACCACAGUCCAACCGAACCAGCGGACCCGGACCCGGACCUGGACCAGCUGGACCAGGCCCAGCGCCUGCGGCAGCCGGUCUCGCACCAGGCCUCUACGGCCACCUUACCCCAGGCAAUCCUUAACCGGCUCCUGAAGGAGUUCAUGCAGGAUGAGCAGGCCACAUUCCGCAGCCCGGCCCAGGCCAGGGCCCUGCAUGCUCUACUGACCAAGGUGCCCUACCUGAUCCUGAUCCUCCCAACCGCGGGGGGGAAGACCACCCUCUUUCUGUUGGGAGCCAGCCUGGCCAUAAGCCAGACCACAAUCCUAGUGGCACCCCUGGUAGCCCUGAAGAUGGAUCUCUACCGCAAGGCCCAGGCCCUAGGGCUCUCAGUCCGGAUCUAUGAGGAUGGCCAUGAUCAGGGAUCUAUCCCGAGGAUCCUGCUGGUUUCAAUAGAGUCCCUGGCCAUGCCGCGGUUCUAUAGCUAUACCAGGACCCUAGCAACCCAGGGUCAGCUAGACCGCGUUAUUUUCGAUGAAUGCCAUUUGAUCCCCCUAGCCCAGUCCUACCGUCAGGUGAUGCAUCGGGUCAAGCAGGUCAUGCAGUUGCCAGUCCCCAUGGUCUUCAGCUCAGCCACCCUACCGAAGCAUCUUGAAACAGAGCUCCGCUCUAUGAUAAUGAUCAGUCAGGCCGAGGUGAUCAGGGCCAAUAUUAAUAAGCCUAACCUACAGUAUGGGGUUCAGCUGAUAUCUCAAAACAGUGAAUAUCCAGAGGCACUGAUUCAAUUCAUGAAGCAUUUUGAGUGGACCAAUCAGAAUACUGCAAGGCCUUUGAAGAUUAUUGUAUUCUGCAUGUCCAAGGCCCUCGUCGAGGCCCUCCAUAGCCAAUACCCGGAGACAUAUUACUUCCAUGCAGAUCUGCCUGACCCGGUCAAAUCAGACCAAUUAGACCGCUUCAUUCAGGCAGGUCAGGGUCAGGCAGGUCAGGCAG